AUGAAUUCAAAUUUCGAUGCGGUUCAUCCGGCUGCCGGAGAGGAUCAAGGACACCACGACCCUCGAUAUGUCGAGUUUCCCAUUGCGCCGAAUGAUGCCACCUGGGAAGAUGGACAACCGGCCAUGCUGUAUGCUUCGGGAGUUCCUAACGAGGAGAUGAUGCAGAGGAGUCCUCAGGUUGGUGUUGCUUCAGUAUGGUGGGAAGGGAACCCGUGCAAUAUGCACCUCCUCGACUUGGGAAAGACCAUCAAAGAUGCCAUCAAGAAGAAGGGGUACAUUGCCUGGCAAUACAGCACUUUGGGCGUAUCAGAUGGUAUUGCCCAAGGCAAUGAAGGCAUGAGGUUCUCUCUGCAGUCACGCGAGCUCAUUGCAGACAACAUCGAAACCAUAACUUGCGCGCAGGCACACGACGCCACUGUAGCCAUACCCGGAUGCGAUAAGAACAUGCCAGGCUGCGUCAUGGCAGUUGCCAGGCACAAUCGUCCAUCUGUCAUUGUCUAUGGAGGCACUGUUGCUGGUGGGUACUGCGAGGUGUUGAAGAAGCCCAUCGACAUUGUGACUUGUUACGAAGCUCAGGGGGCCUACCUGUUCGGCACGCUGGGCUCUUGGUCCGAUGACAAGUCUGUCACGCCGGAGGAAAUCCUGUCAUCCAUCGAAAAGGGAGCUGUUCCAGGUCCAGGUGCGUGCGGUGGCAUGUACACUGCGAAUAGCUUGGCUACAAUCAUUGAAACUCUGGGUCUAUCGGUCACUGGCUCAUCGAGUACUCCGGCAGCUUCUCCAAUCAAGAUGAGAGAAGCAGUCAAGGUUGCUGAUGCUAUUGAAGUUUGCUUGCGUCGCAACAUCCGGCCGAGGGACAUACUCACCCAAGAGUCAUUUGAGAAUGCCCUCGUCAUUACGAUGGCACUAGGAGGAUCCACCAACUCCGUUCUACAUACUCUCGCAAUGGCCAGAGCAGCUGAGGUGCCCCUCAAUCUUGAGGACUUCCAACGAGUCUCUCGCAAGACGCCCUUCAUUGCCAAUCUGAAACCGAGCGGUAAAUACGUCAUCGAAGACCUAUUCCGUAUCGGUGGAGUACCAUCGGUCACCAAGCUUCUCAUUGCAGGAGGUCUCCUCGACGGAAAGACGCUCACGGUCACUGGGAAGACUCUCGAGGAGAACGUUGCCUCGUGGCCAUCUUUGCCACUUGAACAGGAUAUUAUUCGGCCACUGUCCGAUCCCAUCAAGCCCGCUGGACACCUCGUCGUGCUACAUGGAAAUAUCGCUCCAGGCGGUGCAGUGGCCAAGAUCACAGGGAAAGAGGGACUUCGCUUCGAGGGCGAGGCACGCUGCUUCAACAAGGAGUCCGAGCUUGUCACGGAGCUCAACGCCGGCAACAUUCCGAGGGACAGGAACAUUGUCCUUGUCGUCCGCUACGAGGGGCCGAAGGGCGGUCCUGGCAUGCCUGAACAGCUCAAGGCAUCCGCGACUCUGAUUGGAGCCAACCUCAAAAACGUGGCGCUCAUUACCGACGGCAGAUAUUCUGGCGCCAGUCACGGUUUCAUCGUGGGCCAUAUUGUCCCUGAGGCAGCUGUCGGCGGGCCCAUCGCCGCUAUCAAGGACGAGGAUAUAAUCUCAAUCGAUGCUGAGACAUGUAUAAUUAGUAUGAAUGUAGCUGACGCUGACGUCGAGGAGAGACUGCGUCAGUGGAAGGCUCCCAGGCCUCCCGUGACAAGAGGCACUCUGGCCAAGUAUGCUCAUUUAGUAUCUAGCGCCUUAGAUGGGGCCGUGACCGACUUGUUCUAG